AUGGCGGACAAGACUGAGGAGAGACCGCCGAAAUCCAUACGGGUUUUUAUCAACAAUGUUGAUAAUUACACAACGAAAAAUAUUGCAAAGUUUUUAGACUCGUGUGUAGUUGGUGCAUCUCUUGUGGACUUUGGUGAGGCUGAUGUGGAGGAGGAAGGAGACAGGCUGCAGGAUGAGCAACCAAAAAUCAAAGAUCCAACCUUCCAAAUUGUGGGAACAGUUUCCAGCCAAACAGAGGAGAAGCACAGUUUUAUCUCUGAAGAGUACAGCCACUUGAAGCGUGAAGAGCUUCUCCAUCAUCUGAUGAAAUGUGAUGUGAUCAUUUUUGAUAUUACUCAGCAUGCUGAUCAGAUAGCUGAAGCACAGUGGGCUGUCUCAGCUCUUCAUAAAGAAAUGGACACUUUUUCUGGGCACAAGAUGUUUAUCCUGGUGUCAACCAUCAUGACGUGGGCUAUGUCUAAACCAGCCGAUAAAGAUGACCCAGAGAUUCCUUUUACAGACGAGCACUACAGGAAAAGAAAAGCACACCCCAACUUCCAUGAUCAUAUCGAAUUGGAGAAACUGGUGGUCAAAUUAGGCAAAACUAAAAGCUCCCUGUUCUCUACAUAUGUUGUUGCAUCAGGGCUACAAUAUGGAAUGGAAGAACACAUGUUUCACUUGUUUUUUAAGAUGUCAUGGGUGGGUGAAGUCUCCGAGGUGCCCAUCUUUGGUGAUGGCUCCAAUAUUAUCCCCACUAUUCACAUCAAUGAUCUGGCAGGGAUCAUCCAAAAUGUCAUUGACCACAAGCCAAAGUCACAAUACGUUGUUGCUGUUGAUGACUCCAAAAACACAAUGGAGGAUAUCAUAAAGGCAAUAACACUCGUGCUUGGACCAGGAAAAACUCAGAAUGUUUCAAAAGAGGAGAUUUAUCUCAUACGGGAGCUGACACAAACAGAUAUUGAUUCUUUGCUUGUCAACCUUCGUAUUGAAGCACUGUAUCUGAAAGAGAAUUUUAACAUCCAGUGGGUGUCAGAAUAUGGCAUGGUUGAAAACAUUGAGCAGAUCACUGAAGAAUACAAGCAGACCAGGGGAUUGUUGCCCCUUCGUAUCUGCAUCCUGGGACCGCCUGCUGUUGGAAAGAGCACUAUAGCAGAGAGGAUAUGCAAGCAUUACAAACUUCAUCAUGUUAAACUUAAGGAGACAAUCACUGAAACAUUAGACAACCUGGAGUCGUACAUUCAAACGGAGGACAUGGAAAAUGAUGAGGGUGAAGCUCAGGAGUUUCUGGACACUCUGAAGGACAACAUGAAUGAGAAUGAAGGACGACUGGAUGACCAAUAUGUGAUUCGUAUAAUGAGGGACAAACUCAGGACUAAACCCUGUAUGAACCAGGGCUUCGUUUUGGACGGUUUCCCUAAGACAUAUGAGCUGGCGAAGCUGUUAUUUACUGGUGAUGAAGAGCCUGAAGACUUGCAAUCUAAACACGAGAAAAAGAUCAUCCCAGAGUUUGUGUUCUCUGUUGACGCCACUGAUGAUUUCCUGAAAAACCGUGUUCUGAACCUACCCGAGACUGUUGUAGAGGGAACUUCCUACACCCCUGAACAGUUCCCAUUCCACUUGGCCUGUUUCAGAGAGAGAAACGUAGAGGAUCAGACAGUGCUGAACUUCUUUGAGGACUUAGAGAUUCAUCCAGAGCACUUAGAGAUUACAAGCAAUGAUGACAAUGAGUACUUGCUGGUCACUGAGAAGAUUUGCAAAAAAGUGGGCAAACCGAAGAACUACAGGCCGAUCUCAGAGGAGGUGGAGGAAGAAGAGCGACAGCAAGCUGAACAGCAGCUAAAGAAACAGGCGGCACAAAGGGCCGAGGCAGAGCGGCGGGAGGAAGAAGAGGCCCAACAGAGAGAUCAGCGUUGGGGGGAGUGGAAUCAGAGUCUUGAGGAGGUGAGGAGACAAGAACAUGACUUGUUGGAAUCUCAGUCAGAGCCUUUCAGGAACUACCUGAUGAGGGAUGUGAUGCCCACUCUCACCCAAGGCCUCAUCCAAUGCUGUACAAUACGUCCUGAUGACCCCAUAGACUUCCUGGCUGAGUACCUUCUCAAAAAUAAUCCUGAAGCGUAAUAAACGUGGACGUUUUUGUGCCCUGGGUUUCAUCAGCAAGUAUAACUUCUGUUGUUUUUUUUUGUUCUAGAGAGUUUUAUUUCAGUCUUAAUGUUCAUUUAAAAUCUGAAUCUUUAAUAUACAGACCAUGAUUAUGAAUAAUAAUUACCGUAUGCAGUAAUGCUGCAAUUAAUAAAUACAAUGCAAAUCAAAUGGAAAAACUCAUUUCUUCCACUGUGUAUCUACUUGUGCAUUUAACAUGCGAAAAACAUCAUAAUAAAAUAAAAGCUUGGUAGAAUGAAGCUGUUAAUUGGAAGUUCAUUUGUGCAAAGUAUGUCCAUCAGGUCAUGAUUGCUCUGAUUGGUCCUCUGCUUUCAAAGGAUAAUGUUACAAAUGAUAGAUAAUUAACAGACCCUUUUACAUAGCACAUAAUUAAUUUCAUUAGUAAAAUAAACAAAAUACUGCACUUUAGUUGCCUUAAUAUGAUAAUAAAUUAACAUACUCCUUAGCUCUAGUUUCUCCUUUCUCGAUCAGAAUAAUAUAAUACUAAAUAAUAUAAUGAUACAAAUCAGAAGUUCCACAAAGAGUGCAAGAGUCCAG